GCCUACGCUUCGUCACUGUUAUUAUGUCUCUGCCCUUCAUCAACCAGUAGACGAACGAGCAGACCCAUCUAGCUCUUGUGACCGUCCACGAUCUGUUGCAAUAAUCUGGCAGGCGUGUACCCCUCACGAAGACUGACUGAGCAAACUGCCAAACUGCUAUGUGAUGCACAUAAAUUCGUCAGCUUUCUCUGCGGUCCAGUCAAGUUCGGGAGAAGGACCAGAAUUACAUUCCAACCAGUAUGACUUCGCGUGCAGAGACUUCGCGAGUACAUUGACUGUGACAUCGAAGACGGCUCCGACUUGCCACCCGACGCCUUCGAAGCAGCACGUAUCGCCGCUGGCCUCGGCGUAAGGGUCUCUUAUAAGGUCAGAUUCGACGGACUUGCACCUGACAUCAAGUUCAUCUGGGCCGACAUGGAUCGUCUCUUCAAGCAACAAGCAAGACUCAAAGCUGGCCAAGCUCCAAAUGAGGCAGAGAAGAGCGGCUCUGGCGACGAGACUCCGAGCUCGUCUGAAACUGAGGGCCGUCAUGAACUGACUCACAAAGGUCGAAAGACUGCGGUUUGGGAUACCGGACGACUCGCGCUGGCGAUGCAAACGAUGAUCGACUUGAUCAAGCUGCGCAAAGAUCCUAUCAUACGUCAGCCUCUUCGCACACAAGCGGUAGACAUACUCAGAGACAAUUCCGAGUCCGAGGUCUGCCAGCUCGUGUCGGAUGUACUGCGCCGAAAGUGACAGGAUUGCAGGCACCUACGGCUUGCGGUACAGAGAAUGCAAACUGAAGCAGGUCUGAAGCAAUCCGAACGUCUCCAUCGAUGGCAAAGCUCUCGUCUGUGCGUAACAAUACAGGCAUCGAUGCGGUCAUACUUGCGCACUCAGUGUGCAAAACUGAUGCAGCUAUGUGGUUCUGUCGGAACCGUGGCUGCGAAGGCUUGAACUGUUUGUAAUCCCGCUUUGACCAUCUCACAGGGUGAGAAUGCACCGCUGAGCGAAACUGUCGUGCACCGUACCGUCAA